AUGGGAAUCAGAGAGGCACUGACUCUGCAAAACAGGCAAGUGCUGAUUUUCUUUGUUGUGCUAGAAUUAUCUCAUGCUAGUACUGAAUCAGUUCGCUAUUCUAUGCCAGAGGAAACAGAAAUUGGCUCUUUUGUGGUUAAUCUUCUGAAGGACUUGGGGCUAGGGGUGGAGGAGCUGUCCUUCCGGGAGGCCAGGGUGGUAUCUGAGGACAAUGAAAAGCAUUUGCGCCUUGAUUUGCAGACAGGAGAUUUGCUUCUAAAUGAGAAACUGGACAGAGAAGAGCUGUGUGGCUCUGCAGAACCCUGCAUACUGAAUUUCCAGGUGAUGCUGAAACAACCUUUACAGUUUUUUCGGGCUGAACUGCAUGUCAGAGAUAUAAAUGAUAACUCUCCCACAUUCUUAGACAAGGAAAUAAUUUUGAGAAUAUCAGAAAGUGCUCCCAUUGGAACCACCUUUCUAUUGGAAAGUGCUCAAGAUGUGGACAUAGGAAGGAACAGUCUUCAGAACUACACAAUUAGCCCCAAUUCCCAUUUCCACAUUAAAAUUGGCAACAGUGUUGAUGGGAAGAUUUACCCAGAGCUGGUUCUGGAUAGAGCAUUAGAUCAUGAGAAGGAAUCUGAGCACAGAUUAACACUCACAGCACUGGAUGGUGGAUCUCCACCCAGGUCUGGGACAACUUUGGUUCUCAUUAAGGUUUUGGACAUCAAUGAUAAUGCACCUAAGUUUGCUCAGAGUCUCUAUGAGGUGCAGGUCCCAGAGGACACACCCAUUGGGUCCUGGAUAAUCACCAUGUCUGCUAAGGAUCUGGAUGCAGGAAACCAUGGGAAAAUAUCCUACACGUUUUUCCAUGCAUCUGAAGAUAUUCGCAAAACGUUUGACAUGAACGCAUUAUCUGGGGAAGUUCACUUGAAAUCAGCGCUGGAUUUUGAAGCGAUACAGUCCUAUAGUAUAACUAUUCAGGCAACAGAUGGUGGAGGUCUUUCAGAAGAAUGCACUCUUGGAAUUAAAGUAUUAGAUGUUAAUGACAAUCCACCAGAAAUAAAGAUGUCUUCAGUUACUGAUAGUAUUCCAGAGAAUACUCCAGACACUCUUGUAGCUGUGUUUAGUGUCAGAGACCAAGAUGCAGGAGACAAUGGAAGAACAGUUUGUUGUAUUCAAGAGGAGCUCCCCUUUAUUCUGAAACCCAGCUUCAAAAAUUUCUACACUUUAAUUACCGACAAAGCACUAGACAGAGAGGAAAGAGAUGAAUACAACAUCACCAUCACUGUCUCUGACUUGGGGACUCCCAGGCUGCAAACCCAGCACACCAUCACCCUGCAGGUGUCCGACAUGAACGACAACGCCCCCGAAUUCACGCAGUCCUCCUACACCCUGUGGGUCCGCGAGAACAACAGCCCCGCCCUGCACAUUGGCACCAUCAGCGCCACAGACAGAGACUCGGGCAGCAACGCCCAGCUGACCUACUCGCUGCUGCCCGGCCCGCAGCCCGGCCCCGACGCGGCGGCGGCGCUGGUGUCCAUCAACGCGGACAGCGGGCAGCUGUUCGCCCUGAGGGCGCUGGACUAUGAGGCCCUGCAGGCGUUCGAGGUGCGCGUGCGCGCCGCCGACCGCGGCUCGCCCCCGCUCAGCAGCCAGGCGCUGGUGCGCGUGCAGGUGCUGGACGCCAACGACAACUCGCCCUUCGUGCUGUACCCGCUGCAGAACGCGUCUGCGCCCUGCACCGAGCUGCUGCCCAGGGCGGCCGAGCCGGGCUACCUGGUGAGCAAGGUGGUGGCGGUGGACCGCGACUCGGGCCAGAACGCCUGGCUGUCGUUCCAGCUGCUCAAGGCCACGGAGCCCGGGCUGUUCAGCGUGUGGCCGCACAAUGGCGAGGUGCGCACCGCCAGGCUGCUGAGCGAGCGCGACGCGCCCAAGCACAGGCUGCUGCUGCUGGUCAAGGACAAUGGCGAGCCGCCGCGCUCGGCCAGCGUCACGCUGCACGUGCUGCUGGUGGAUGGCUUCUCGCAGCCCUACCUGCCGCUGCCCGACGCGGCGGCGCCCGAGCGCGCGCAGCCCGACCGCCUCACUGCCUACUUGGUCAUCGCGCUGGCGGCCGUGUCUUCUCUCUUCCUCUUGUCUCUGCUGCUCUUCGUGGCCUUCAGGCUGUGCAGGAGGAGCAGGGCGCGCUCGCUGGCCGGCUGCGCGCUGCCCGAUGGCCCCUUGCCUGGACACCUGCUGGACGUGAGUGGCACGGGGACCUUGGCCCACAGCUACCAGUAUGAGGUGUGUCUGCAGGGAGGUGCUGGCACCAAUGAGUUCAAAUUCCUGAAGCCAGUGUUUCCAAACCUAUCCCCCCAGGUCUCUGGGAAUGAACUAGAGGGUAUGCCUAGCUUCCGCAAUAGUUUCGGAGUCAAUAUUGAGUAA